CAAGUACAAAAAUGCACGAAAACUUGCGACCGGCAAACUAGGACAACAAUUCGCGCGAAAAUGUUGUGAUAGGAGAGAUUUCUAAAUUAUGAUCAGAGUUGAUUGUUCAUGUACAUAUAAGGAGCCAUUUUGUGGAGCUUAUCGAUAAAGACAUUCAAACAUGUACCAGGUUUCUGAGAAAAAGAAUUUCCAAAAUUCUUCUCACAAGCCAAAUAUUCAGGUCUGUGAUAAAAUUAAAGUGGAACCAAAUACAGAAAUACAGAAGAGUAAAGUAUCUGUGAAGUUAGACAAUGAUGCUAGAGACAAUAUUUGUAAAAAACCAGGAAAACUUGACAGCAAGGCAAAGAAAUUGAAGAAAAAGAUCAAUCAAUACAUUGGAUCACCGAUUUGUACAAAAACUUUGAAUGUACAAGCAAAUCAAGAUGGAACAGAUCUAAAUAACAAUGUUGAUACUAAAGAUAUUACUGACACAAUUGAUGCAAAGAAAGAAGUGAUUGACAACAUAAGAGGGACUGUUAAAACAGAACUUAAAGAGCUUUAUGUUAAAGAUGCAAACAGUAAUAUUGUUACUGACUGUAUUAGAAAAGUAGGAAAGAGAAAGUCUGAUGAUGUAGGUACCGGAACAGGCAAGGUUGUUAAAAGAGAUGUUGAAAGACAAGCUAAAAAUGAAGAACUUGCGUCAGAUGUAAAGCCUCUAGUUUUUGAUG